AUGAUUACAACUAUCAAUGAUCGAGAACUUUCACCACGUGAAAAAUGUGAUUGUGAAGUGAUUGAAAGAUUAAUUCGCUCAUAUUUUUUAAUUGUACGAAAAAACAUUCAAGAUAGUAUACCAAAAGCCAUCAUGCAUUUUCUUGUUAAUUUUGUUAAAGAUCAAUUACAAAGUGAACUCGUUGCAUUAUUAUAUAAAACAUCAGUUAAUGAACAUGAUGAAUUACUGAAUGAAUCUAGUCAUAUAGCACAACGACGUAAAGAUGCACAAGAAAUGCUUGAUGCAUUACAUAAAGCAAAUCAAAUAAUAUGUGAAGUACGAGAAACUCAUCUCUGGUGA